UCCAGCAAAGCCAAAAACAAAAAAGAAGAAGCCAUUUGUCACUGACGGGAGCCGGCGGCGACGACGACACUGGUCGGAGAAAAAUGGCCGAUCUUUUACUCAUCGCAUCAGCGGCCUUCGCAUCUGUCAUCGGAUUUAUAUUAUCUUACGCAUUCUUUGUGCUGAGAAACGUUCAAAAAGUUGGCUCUGGGAUUAACCCUUCAUCAAUAACCACUAAAACUAUCUGCAUUAAUGGAGAAUGCAGAUCUGUAAAUGAACAAAAAGAUGAUGCUGACGUCAUUAUCGUUGGUGCUGGUGUUGCUGGUGCUGCUCUUGCUCAUACUCUUGGCAAGGAUGGACGUAGGGUCAGGGUGAUUGAGAGAGACUUGACUGAGCCUGAUCGAAUUGUGGGUGAACUCUUACAACCAGGUGGUUACCUUAAGCUGAUGGAGUUGGGAUUAGAAGAUUGUGUUCAAGACAUUGAUGCUCAAAGGGUUUUUGGAUAUGCACUUUUCAAGGAUGGAAAGAAUACCCGCCUCUCUUAUCCGUUGGAGAAUUUUCAUGCAGAUGUGGCUGGAAGAAGCUUUCAUAAUGGUCGAUUUAUACAGAGAAUGAGAGAGAAAGCAUCAUUAAUUCCCAAUGUUCAAUUGGAGCAAGGAACAGUCUCGUCUCUUCUUGAAGAAAAUGGGACUAUUAAAGGUGUAUUGUACAAGAAUAAAAGUGGUGAAGUAAUGAAAGCAUAUGCUCCUUUAACAAUUGUAUGCGAUGGCUGUUUUUCAAAUUUACGCGGUUCCCUUUGCAACCCUCAGGUGGACGUACCUUCGUGUUUUGUUGGUUUGAUCUUGGAGAACUGCCAAUUACCAUAUGAGAACCAUGGGCAUGUUGUUUUAGCAGACCCAUCGCCCAUCUUGUUCUACCGAAUCAGUAGUACUGAAGUUCGAUGUUUGGUUGAUGUACCUGGUCAAAAGGUACCCUCCGUUUCAAAUGGGGAUCUGUCAAAGUAUUUGAAGACGGUUGUUGCUCCACAGAUACCUCCAGAACUGCAAGAUGCAUUUGUAACAACAGUUAAUAAAGGAAAUAUCAGGACAAUGCCAAACCGAAGCAUGCCUGCUGCUCCUCACCCAACUCCUGGUGCUUUGUUGAUGGGCGAUGCGUUCAACAUGCGCCAUCCUCUGACUGGUGGAGGAAUGACUGUAGCCUUAUCUGAUAUAGUCGUCCUACGCAAUCUUCUAAUGCCUCUACAUGAUCUCCAUGACUCAUAUACUCUUUGCACGUAUCUCGAGUCUUUUUAUACUCUGCGUAAGCCAGUGGCAUCCACAAUUAAUACAUUAGCAGGAGCGUUGUACAAGGUUUUCUGUGCUUCACCUGACGAAGCAAGGCAAGAAAUGCGAGAAGCAUGCUUCGACUAUCUAAGCCUCGGGGGCGUCUUUUCAAAUGGACCCGUAUCUUUGCUUUCGGGUUUGAACCCUCGGCCUUUGAGUUUGGUUGUACAUUUCUUUGCAGUGGCAAUAUAUGGUGUAGGUCGCUUGUUACUUCCUUUCCCUUCCCCUAAACGAAUGUGGAUCGGUGCCAGACUAAUAUCCGGUGCUUCUGGGAUCAUAUUUCCGAUAAUCAAGGCCGAAGGAGUUAGGCAGAUGUUUUUCCCCGCAACAGUGCCUGCUUACUACAGAGCUCCUCCUGCUUAAUGAGUGCCUAUACGAAAGAAGCAAAUGCAAAUGCAAAAAAAAAAAAAAAAAAUUAAAUAAGAGAAUUUUGGACUAGGAGUGGUGGUAGCAGAAUGGAGCUUUCAAUUGUAUGAUAGUGUGUAGUAGUUGUUGUAGUUCAUAUUCUUUGUUUCAUUUGCUGGUUUUCCUUUGGUUCAUUGAACUGUAAUGCUUUUAAUUUUAUCUUUCCUUAUAAAAUGUGUAUUUCUAGUUGA